UUAUUUUGAUAAGGCCAGUUUUAAACUAAUUUUUUUUUUGUAUUUUCUACGAAAAGUUAACUUUUAGGGUUAAAAAAUUAUUUUCUCCUAAACUUUGAUAGUGAUGUAGUGAAAUAUAAAUUAUUAUUUUUUAUAUUUUCAUUGAUAAACAAAUAAUUUGAAUUCUAAUUUUUAAAAAUGGGCAAAACAAAGAAAGAGCAUCCAGAAAAAAGAGGAAGAAAACGAAAGAAAGAUGAAUUUGAUGAAAACUCACUUGGGCUAGAUGAUCCUGGUUUAUUAGCCGUUAAUGAGGAAGAGGGUUUACCUAGUGCAGCAAAAAAAUCUGCAGAACAUGAUACUAACAGUGUUGAAGAUGACUUUGGUGCUAAAGAUUAUAGAUCGCAAAUGAUUUUAAAAUCUGACCAUUCUUCUCGGCCGUUAUGGGUUGCUCCUGAUGGUCACAUAUUUUUAGAAUCAUAUUCCCCAGUAUAUCGUCAUGCACAUGAUUUCAUGAUAGCUAUAGCCGAACCUGUUUGUAGACCAACUCAUUUGCAUGAAUAUAAAUUAACUGCUUAUUCCUUAUAUGCAGCAGUGAGUGUUGGAUUAGAAACCAAUGAUAUUAUUGAAUAUUUGAAACGUUUAAGUAAAACUAGUAUUCCUAAUGGUAUAAUUGAAUUCAUAAAUGUUUGUACACUGUCCUAUGGUAAAGUCAAACUUGUACUUAAACAUAACCGAUAUUUUAUUGAAUCACAACAUCCAGAUAUAUUACAAAAGCUCUUAAAAGAUCAAAUUAUUGGAUCAUGUCGUCUCAAGCGUCUUGAAGAUUCUGAUGCACUAAUAAGUGAACAAAAAAAAUUUGAAACAUCAUAUUUUCCUGGAGAAUCUACGUCUAAAGAAAAAGUGAAUACAAUAAAUGAAGUAGUUCCAAAAGAUAUAACAGAUUUGUAUGAAAAAAUUGAUAAAGUAGAAGAAGAAGAAGAAGAAGAAAAAACACACAAUGUAGUCUCUUUUGAAGUUCAACAAGAAAAAAUUGAAAUUAUCCAAAAACGUUGUAUAGAGAUUGAUACACCUUUACUUGUUGAGUAUGAUUUUAAAAAUGAUAAAGUAAACAAAGAUAUUAAUAUUGACUUAAAACCUCAAGCAACUUUGAGACCAUACCAAGAAAAAAGUUUGAGAAAGAUGUUUGGAAAUAGUCGUGCCCGAUCUGGCAUUAUUGUAUUGCCUUGUGGGGCUGGAAAAAGUUUGGUUGGUGUUACUGCUUGCUGUACAGUGCGAAAGCGAGCAUUAGUAUUAUGUAACUCAGCUGUGUCUGUAGAACAAUGGAAAUAUCAAUUUAAAAUGUGGUCUACAGCUGAUGAUAGUUUAGUAUGUAGAUUUACAUCUGAUGUAAAAGAUAAAUUAAUUGGUUGUGGUGUAUUUAUUACUACCUAUUCAAUGAUUACACACACCCAAAAAAGAUCAUGGGAAGCAGAACAAACAAUGAAAUGGAUACAAGACCAAGAAUGGGGUAUUAUGGUACUUGAUGAAGUACACACAAUACCAGCUAAAAUGUUUAGGCGUGUAUUAACCUUAGUUCAGUCACAUUGUAAAUUAGGUUUAACUGCUACAUUAUUAAGAGAAGAUGAUAAAAUAGCCGACUUGAAUUUUUUAAUUGGGCCUAAAUUAUAUGAAGCCAACUGGUUAGAACUUCAACAAAGAGGAUAUAUUGCUAAAGUUCAAUGCUCAGAAGUAUGGUGCCCUAUGGCUCCUGAAUUUUAUCGUGAAUAUUUAGCUACAAAAACUAGUAAAAAAAUGCUUUUUUUUGUUAUGAAUCCUAAUAAAUUUCGUGCUUGUCAGUUUUUAAUUCGAUAUCAUGAGCAAAGAGGAGACAAAACUAUUGUGUUUUCAGAUAAUGUAUUUGCUCUCAAAGAGUAUGCUUUAAAACUAAGCAAGCCUUAUAUUUAUGGCCCUACUUCACAGGCUGAAAGAAUUCAAAUUUUACAAAACUUUAAACUCAAUCCAAAAGUUAACACUAUAUUUGUGAGUAAAGUGGCAGAUACUUCAUUUGAUUUACCAGAUGCUAAUGUACUUAUACAAAUUUCUUCUCAUGGUGGAAGUCGUCGUCAAGAAGCCCAGCGUUUAGGUCGUAUAUUGCGAGCCAAAAAAACUGCUAUUGCUGAAGAAUACAAUGCUUUUUUUUACACCUUAGUAUCUCAAGAUACUAUGGAAAUGAGUUAUUCAAGAAAAAGGCAAAGAUUUUUAAUUGAUCAAGGUUAUAGCUAUAAAGUGGUAACGAAACUUGCAGGAAUGGAUGAGGAUUCAGAGUUAUUUUAUAGUAGUAGAGAAGAUCAAGGGCUACUACUAAGUAAAGUGUUAGCAGCUAAUGAUACAGAUGCAGAUGAUGAACGCAUGCCAUACGAAGGAACUUCAAAAACCUACAAAAAAAUAUCUGGUAAAAUGAGUUCAAUGUCUGGAGCAGAUGAUGCUGUAUAUGCUGAAUUCAGAAGAUCAAACGUAAAACAUCCAUUAUUCAAGAAAUUUAGGAAAUGAGUUUUAUUAUUAAUAUUUACAAAUUUAUUAAUUUAAGAAUAUCUGUCUUAGAAAUGAUGUAUUAUUUUUCUACUUUAUGUUUCAAUAAAACAUUUUUAUUAAUA